CGGCGCGCAAAGAGAAAGCAACGUUUCAAGAUUCUCCUCGUUCUAUAAUCAUAAAAAAAAACUAAAGCGACAAAUAGCUGAAAAAAAACAAUAUAAACUUUUCCAACAUACAAUGUGAAACUUUUGCAAUGCAAUUAAAUUGUGAUUAAGACACAAAUUUAAUUUGCAGAAAACUCUUUACAAAAGCAAAACCAAAGUGAAAAAGAAGUUAAAAAUAAUAAAUUGACUGAAGGAAAUCGUAGCCUUCAACUUCAAAUUUGCUAAAUUGACUAAAAGUGAAACAAUUUCAAUUGAUUUCGAUUGAAAUUAAUUACGUCAGAUUUAUGUGUCUCAUUUAACUGACUUUGAAAAGUGAUUUGCCAAAAAAAGAAAAAACUUUGUGAUAAAUUCGUAGAUUCAAUUGUGAUAUUAAAUCCAAAUAGACUGAUCAAAUUAGCGUAUUCGCUGAUUGAAAUGACGCCCAAGAUUAUUACAUAUUUUCUGUGCGGCAUGCGCCAUCCCACAACUGGCCUUAACGAAGACGACCUAAGUCGUCUCACAGGUUCAUCCUCCUCAUCGACCGCGUCUUGCGGCAGCGCUGCCUCAUCAUCGUCAUCAUCCACGGCAGCGGCAACGCAACGACAACAGCAGGACCCGUGUGAUGUCGUCCAGCUGUCGUCGCAUCAAACGGAUCAGCAGACAUCGCCCCGCUUCAAUUCCACAUAUCUACCCGAAAUCAUAAACCCCUUGGAAUGGCAAAAGUCGCGCAAGCGCAAAGAGCGACUCGACAGCUGCUCGGCCACCAGUCAGGAUCGCAAGCUACAGCGCAGCAACAGCGAGGAGCUGCUCACCGAACCGGAAGCACCCCUCAAUCCGGCAAAUCCCACACAGACGCAUUGCCGUCAAACCCACUGCGAAGUCAUUCGUCGCGUCUCCUCCGAGGAUUUUAAACGCACAGCGAGCUAUGCCAGCUACUGUCAGGAGAUUGAGCGUGAUUCUGGCGUCGAUUUGCCACCCGACAGCAGCGAGCAGCAGGAGAAUAAUGCUGCACUCGCCAAUCUGCCGCAAAGUGUCAAUAUCGAGGCCACCAAAGAUCGUGCGCGUCUCGACACAAGUCCAGCCCGAUCACAGCAACAUUCGCCGGUGCGCAAUGGACGCCAGCAGCAGCUGCAGCGUGAGGCGAGCGAUGACAGCGAGUGUGAGCAUGAGCGUCGUCGGAGCAGCGAACGCUUCUGCAAAUCCCGCCAGCCGCCGGUGCGCAAAUCUGGUGUGAGCAAGAAGCCCAGCACAGGUGGCAAGUAUUUGCCAUCGCGGCGUGACGAGCAGAGCGCUUAUAAAUAUGAUUUGUCAGCGCUUAAGUACGAGCGACGUGGCUUCAUAAGCAGCAAGAAGCAACAACAGCAGCAGCAACAACAGCAGCAACAACAGACGACAGCAGCAACUCUUGCCGAUCACAACGACAACAAUCUGAUUGACUUCCAUCAGCAGCAGCAACAGCAGCAGCUUCAACAGCAGCAGCAACAGACAAAGCGCAGCGCCAGCAUCUCGCCCACUCCGACCACCAGCAGCUCGUGCAGCUCAGCGGGCAGCGAUGACAGCACUCCGAAUGCCACCUCGCCCCCCAUCAAAGCCAAGCCGCCGCAACGCCAGCAGCAGACAUUGAACUUGACCUCUGCGCAGGAGUCGUUGCCUUGGGUGCGUGGCGAUGAGCCAGCGCCGAUGUUGAGUCGUCGCUAUGCGCACUCGCGUCAUCAUGCCGGCGGCAACAUCGAUGCGGCUGCCAAGUUGGCCAAAGUCAUGCCAUAUCCACAACAACAGCCGAAGCAGGCGGCAAGCGUGCAGCUGCUCAGCGAGGACAUGGAUUGCUUGGAGCCCAUGGAUGCGGUGCGUGCGUUCAGCUCGUUGGAGAAUAUGCGCACACGCGAUGUGAUGCAGCAGGUGGUGCCCGCUAUGAUGGCAUUCCAGACGCCCGAGGAGCGAGUCAAGGCCAUCAAUCGUCGCGUGACGGCGUUGAAAAAGAAGCUGGUGCAGCUGGAGGAUUCGCUGGAGCAACGUUUGGGCUAUCGGCCAUCGCAGGCGGAGCGUCUCAAUGACAAGUACAUGAAGAACGCGCUCGCCGAGCUGAGCAAGUUGCGCAAGGAGCGACACGAGCUUAAGACUGAUCCCAUUGCUGCGCUCGGGCUCAAAGUGGGCGCCAAUGUUGGUGGCCAGGGCAGCGGGAUUGCUGCCUCCCAUCAGGAUGCGGCCAAGAAGUUGGAGCGCAUGAAGAACACACUUUGCGAAAUCGAACAGAAUCUCAGCGAGAAGCGAACGCAGUGUCGUCGGCCACAGCAGCUGGAGGAGCUGACAUCCGAUCAACUGGUGCAGGAGAAGACAGCCGUACAGCAUGGACUGCUCUAUUUCGAGAGUCUCUAUGGCCAUCCCAUUACCAAGGAGGAACGCGAUGCAGCGAGAUCGCUGUAUGAUCGCUAUCGACAGCUGAAGCGUUUGGUGUCGCGCAGCAUCAUGUUUGGUGGCGGCAGCGGAGUGCCGGAGCUGCCCACCAUAUUGGAGCACGAGGCUAUGGUCUUUGAGGCAACAUCAACACCGCUGCAGUAUUCAUCGAACAACAGCACUGAGACAACAAAUUCACCCAGCGACUCAAUGGCGCCAAAUAGUACAUUAAACACCCAGAAUGCUUCCUCCGAUGAGUCGACCACCACAACAACGACCACAACCACCGCCACCGAGCACACUCAGGCGGAGAACAUUGCAGCGCUCAGUCUGGAUCAGCUGUGGGAACAGCUGGAGCGUGUCCGAGAUGAGAAGACGUUGCUCAAGGCAACCAUACGCGAGUAUGAGUCCAUAUUCGAAGAGCAGAAUGGUCGCAAAAUGCUAAAACCCGAUCGCAAAUCCCUCGAAACUGAAACCUAUGCGCAGUACAAGGAGAAGAAGGCCAAGGUGCGUCUGCUGCAGGCGCUAAUCAAGAAGCACAUUGGACACUAGAUAUUGCGCCCAUACAUCGGAAUUCCCUUCCCCCUCCCAUACACAAAUUAUUAUUCAUUAUUCAUUCUAAACUUAUUUAUUUCAUCAUAGAAACCAAACAAAUCCGUUUUGAUUACCUACAAACGAAACGAAAUACACAAAAAAUAUAUACAUACAUUAAUAUAUAAUACACAUACACAAAAAAAGAACAUACAUAUAUGUAGUUUUAGAUUUACAUUUAUCAUAUAUUCUAUAAUGAUACAUUUUAUGAAUAUUGUUGAUUCCUUAUUGUUUUUUGAAAACGUCUAUACGAUAAUAUAAAACAAAGCAAAAAACUAAAAAAAAAAUACAUAAUAAAAACAAACAAAAGAAAUGAAAUUAUGAUAUGAUAUUGAAGAAGCUGCAAGCAAUUUGGUUCUGAACGUCAGAUUUACAUAACUUAAUCUUGGAUCACACGCCACAUACACACACACACACAUGGACACAAUCACACAAAUGCAUAUACACAUAUAUCAAGCAGACUUCCAGCAUGGAAUUGAUAUCUAUACAAGCAGACAUAUAUAUAUUGUAUUGGUGUAAAAACAAAUCGCUAUCUGUCUAUCGUCAUUGAUGUUAAAAAAUGAACAGUUCGAUUUUGAUUUAUACACAUAUUAUUAUAGAACGCUUGAUGAUGUCCCAUUGAGCAGAGAAUGGAAAGCUCUAUAUGACUGAACCGCUGUCAGACAUUACGUAAAAAAACAAAAAAAUAAACGAGUAAUACAAAAGAUUCAUGAUUUCCACAUAUUUUUGCACUUAUUGAUUAGUUAUAGAGCUCUAUGUUUGUUAAAGCAUAAAUCAAAUACGAAUAUUUCAAAGAAAACUUUAUAAAUGUUGUCUAUCCAUUAUUAGUAGUCGCAAAUUUUCUAAUGCUAUCUGAAUAUAGACUAUCUAUCUCUCUCCAUACAUCCAUCAUAUAUGGUAUGAAUAAAAUAGAUUAUCUGUAUAUUUGUAUAGAAAUUGAAGAGCUAACAUUUAUCGUCGUGCUUUCAAUCAAAUGUUUCACUUUUUACCGGCAAUUUGAUAUUUGUGUGUGUCGAGUGGAAACGGAAGCAGCUUCUAUUAUCAGAGCACGAUGGCAACCCCAGUCGAUAUCGAUAUAUUCGCAUGAAUUCGUUGAUCGAGGCCGAUUGCCUCGAUAUCGAUUAGUGCUAACCGGUUUUGAAUUCGUUUUCGGUUGUUGAGCAAAGCAAAUAAAGCAAUUGGAUCUUUUGAGGGUAGUAUGCAUGCUAUUUAUUAACAAAGUAUAUUUAACAUAUACAUAUAGAUAAAUAUAUAUAUGAAUAUGAGUAUAAAUUUACAAAUACCAAACCAAAACAUACGAGUAUACAAACAUAUUGAGUAUUGUAAUGAAAAUGUUGACUAAUUAUUGCAACGUUUACAAAACAACCAGAACAAAAUAUUCUUAUAUAUUAUGCAUGGCGCCAAAGCGACAAAAAUAAUAUCCAAAAAAAAAGUGAAUGUCUAUAAUAUGAAGAGCAAAUAAAAUAUAUCACGUUAUAAUACAACAAAA